AUGACAUCCCGGACAUUGAGAAGAAGGCUCCACCACGGAGAUGUUGACGGUAGAAUAAACGAGCAUUUGGAGACUUCUGGAUUUGAUUCUCUAGACGAGCCAUUACUAGGAAAUCGAGAAUAUGAUGAUGUGCACUCUGAGGGCUAUUUACUUGGUGAAAUUUUGGAUGAUGGGCGGCAUAAAGAACAUGUGCAUUGGACAAUGCUCUUUUCGCAUAUAAUCGCUCAAUGGGCGCAGUGGUUAGCAAAUAUUGUCCUCGGAUCUGGGUCAUUUAUUGGACGGCUUUUGCCACUUGUAUCGGGCACUCAAAAUGGGCCAAACGGGAAGAUCUCGCCCCCUUUACUUAGUCCCUUACAGGAAGCAAGACUCAAAUAUCUAAAGCAAAGGCUGGCAGUUCCUUUUGAUGGUUCUUUUUUGGAUCAUCAGGAUGCACUUAAACAAUUGUGGAGGUUAGCUUACCCUGAUAGAGAACUCCCAGCAUUGAAAUCAGAGCUCUGGAAAGAGAUGGGAUGGCAGGGAUCUGAUCCUUCAACAGAUUUCAGGGGUGGAGGAUUCAUAUCAUUGGAGAACCUUAUCUUCUUUGCCAAGACUUAUCCGGAAGCGUUUCAAAAUUUGUUGUACAAGAGAGACGGAGACAGGUCAGAAUGGGAGUAUCCUUUUGCUGUAGCUGGCAUCAAUAUUUCUUUUAUGCUGGCUCAAAUGUUAGAUCUUCAAUCAGGUAUUAAAUUUUAG